UCCUCGAAGAAAAAAAGAAAAAUCAAUUUUCACUUCGCAUUUCCUCUCUUCAUUCCACUCACUCUCUCCAUUCUCUUCAUCCCCAAUUUUCCUAGAAAUUCAUCCAAUUUGAUGAAUUUCAUCUCCUCUCUAUUAGGCUGAAACCCUAAUUUCUUAUCAGUUUCUUCAUCUUCUUCAAUUAUUCCGAUUAUCAGAGAAGAAAUCAGUUGAAAUUUGUUAAAUCGAGCAGCUCAUUCGCCCCCAAAUCGAAAGAAAACCCUAACCCUAGAAGUAUCGUUUUUGCGCGAUGUCGGCUGCGAACGGGAAGCCGUCAACGAGUCCGUACCAAAUCAAUUUGGAAAACUUCGCGAAGAGGUUAAAGGCUCUCUACGGGAACUGGAAAGCUAACAAGUCGGAUUUAUGGGGAGAUGCCGGGGCGUUAGCAAUCGCAACGCCGCCUGCUUCGGAAGAUUUGCGGUAUUUAAAGUCAUCGGCGCUUAACAUGUGGCUUCUGGGUUACGAGUUUCCUGAGACGAUUAUGGUGUUCACUGUGAAACACAUUCAUUUCCUUUGUAGCCAGAAGAAGGCGUUGCUGCUCGAGGUUGUGAAGAAUGCCGCGAAGGAUGCUGUUGGAGCCGAUGUGUUGAUGCAUGUUAAGGGGAAGGGUGAUGAUGGUUCGUCGCUUAUGGACACGAUUUUGAAGAGUGUUCGUGCUUUAGAGGGUGAGCCCGUAGUCGGGUACUUGUCAAAGGAGGCUCCAGAAGGGGCGUUGUUGGAAAUGUGGGUUGAGAAGUUGAAGAACUCGGGUUUGACGCUGACCGAUGUUACAAACGGGUUGUCGGAUUUGUUUGCCGUGAAGGAUGGUGGAGAGUUGGUGAAUGUGAAGAAGGCUGCGUUCUUGACUGCUUCUGUGAUGAAGACUCAUGUUGUUCCGAAGCUUGAGAAGGUUAUUGAUGAGGAAAAGAAGGUGGCGCAUUCAGCUUUGAUGGAUGAAGCUGAGAAAAUGAUUUUGGAGCCCAGUAAGAUUAAGAUUAAGUUGAAGGCGGAAAAUGUUGAUAUUUGUUACCCUCCAAUCAUCCAGAGUGGUGGUAAGUUUGAUUUGAGGCCGAGUGCAUCGAGUAACGAUGAUCUUUUGUAUUAUGAUCCUGGUAGUGUGAUUAUUUGUGCUGUUGGGUCUAGGUAUAACAGUUAUUGUUCAAAUAUAGCAAGAACUAUUCUGAUUGAUGCUAAUCAAAAUCAGAGUGAGGCCUAUGAGGUGUUGCAUAAGGCGCAUGAUGCGGCCAUUGCUGCUCUAAAGCCUGGGAAUAAAGCUAGUGCUGUAUAUAUGGCCGCCUCUGCUGUGGUGGAGAAAGAGAAACCAGAAUUGGUGAAGAAUUUGACUAAGUCAGCAGGUACUGGUAUUGGGCUUGAAUUUAGGGAGACGGGUUUGAACUUGAAUGCGAAGAAUGAGAAGGAGUUGAAGAUAGGGAUGGUUUUUAAUGUUGUUUUAGGGUUUCAGAAUUUGACAACUCAGGCCAGUAACCCAAAAAGCCAGAACUUUUCCCUGCUUUUAGCUGAUACUGUCAUUGUUGCGGAGAAGGGCCCAGAAAUCACAACCUCAUUGAGCUCAAAGUUAUUGAAGGAUAUUGCCUACUCAUUCAAUGAGGAAGAAGAAGAGGAGCCACCGAGGGCCAAGCGAAGGGUUAGUGAGGCUGAAGCUGUUCCUACAAAGACUACUCUUAGAUCAGAUCAUGGAGAGAUUAACAGAGAGGAGCUUAGGAGGCAGCACCAAGCCGAACUUGCCCGUCAAAAGAAUGAAGAAACCGCUCGGCGACUUGCUGGUGGAGGUGCAGGGGCGGGAGAUAAUCGCUCAUCAGGGAGAUCUUCAACAGAGUUGGUAGCUUAUAAGAGUGUAAAUGAUCUCCCACCUCCAAGGGGUGAAAUGAUGAUUCAGGUUGAUCAGAAGAAUGAGGCAAUUUUACUGCCCAUCUAUGGAAGCAUGGUCCCUUUCCACAUUGCCACUGUGAAGACUAUUACCAGUCAGUCCGACACCAAUCGUAACUGUUAUAUCAGGAUCAUUUUCAAUGUUCCUGGCACACCAUUCAGUCCACAUGAUGCGAAUUCUUUGAAGAAUCAGGGGGCAAUAUAUGUGAAGGAAGUUUCAUUCCGCUCAAAAGAUCCCAGGCAUGUGAAUGAAGUGGUUGCGCAGAUAAAGACUCUUCGUCGGCAGGUUGCUGCAAGGGAGUCUGAGAGGGCCGAGAGAGCAACCUUGGUUACUCAAGAGAAACUUGUUGUUGCUAUGAACAGAUCCAAACCCAUAAGAUUGUCUGAUCUAUGGGUCCGUCCUGCUUUUAGUGGAAGGGGAAGAAAGCUGCCUGGUACAUUAGAAGCACAUAUGAAUGGAUUUCGGUUUUCUACCUCUAGGUCGGAUGAGCGUGUUGAUAUCUUGUUUGCUAAUAUCAAGCAUGCAUUCUUCCAGCCUGCAGAAAAUGAGAUGAUUACUCUCCUUCAUUUCCACCUUCACAAUCACAUAAUGGUGGGUAACAAAAAGACCAAGGAUGUUCAGUUUUAUGUUGAAGUGAUGGAAGUGGUUCAGACCCUUGGUGGUUCGAGAAGAUCUGCCUAUGAUCCUGAUGAAAUCGAAGAGGAGCAGCGAGAAAGAGACCGAAAGAACAAAAUUAACAUGGAUUUCCAGAAUUUUGUCAACAGGGUGAAUGAACUUUGGGGAAUGCCACAGUUCAAAGAUCUUGAUUUAGAGUUUGAUAUGCCUUUGAGGGAGCUUGGAUUCCAUGGUGUGCCUUACAAGGCUUCUGCUUUCAUUGUCCCCACUUCAAGCUGUCUAGUUGAGUUGAUUGAGACUCCUUUCCUCGUGAUCACUCUGAGUGAGAUUGAGAUAGUAAACCUGGAGAGAGUUGGCUUUGGGCAGAAGAAUUUCGACAUGACAAUUGUAUUCAAGGAUUUUAAGAAAGAUGUGUUCCGAAUUGAUUCUGUCCCCACUACUUCUUUGGAAAGCAUCAAAGAAUGGUUAGACACCACCGAUAUCAAAUACUAUGAGAGCAGAUUGAAUCUUCAUUGGCGUGCCAUUCUGAAGACUAUCACUGAUGACCCAAAGAAAUUUAUAGAAGAUGGUGGGUGGGAAUUCUUGAACAUGGAUGCAAGUGAUUCCGAAACUGAUGAGUCAGAGUCUGAUAAAGGGUAUGAACCAUCUGAUGUGGAGGCUGAGUCAGAGUCGGAAGACGAAGCCUCUGACAGUGAAUCCUUGGUGGAGUCUGAUGAGGACGAAGAAGAAGAGGAUGAAGAGGAAGAAGAAGAAGAGGAGGGCAAGACUUGGGAAGAGCUAGAGAGAGAAGCAAGCAAUGCAGACCGUGAGAGGGGAGAUGAAUCUGACAGCGAGGAAGAGAGACGUAAAAGGAAGAUGAAGGCGUCUUUUGGGAAGUCUCGUCCGGGUCCAGGUCCUAGUAGCAGCAGCGGCAGCAGCUUGGCCAAGCGUCACAAGGGUAGGAGAUAGAUGGGUUAGCAGAUUGAUUCAAUCUGUUGGUAAGUUCUGUUUUGUUGGGUUCUUUCUUUUAGGUCUGGGUUCGUUUUUCGUUGGUUUUGUUCUUGUUAUGGUUUUGAGGUGGGCAUUGUAGAAUGUUCAUCCUAGACAUGAAAGAACUUUCACAUGUAAAUGGUGAAUUUAGUUUUGUUGGAGUUUUAAGUACCUUUCUUUUCUAGCAUAAGUUUGGUAUUGUCCUCUUUUUUGGUAAGUUGAUAACGUAUGCAAGAACUAUUAGCAAAUAUGGUAUAAAACCUUCUCUCUCUACCCUUA